GCGAGGACCAAUCGGCUCGGCGCUGCCGGAGAGUGCUGGCUGCUUUACACCAAGAUAGGGGGAAAAGACUGAAUAAAAGGAAACCGUGCCAGUGAGCUUGUAAUGACCACAAAAUCCCACGGAGGAGCCCACGGUCGCCGCCAUUGGAUAUUCGUCCCGUUUUCUCGUGAAUCCCGCACGUUUCUCGCUGUGGAUUAUUGCGUUUGGAGCCAGGGCGGACGGAAUGGAUAAGGCCAUGGCCCUAACAUAUUGAGUAGCUCGUUGGUGGCGGUGGUGGAGGGGGAGGCGAGACGCGCACCGUGGAGACAAUUUAUGGGGCAUUGUGCGGGGAGGAAAAUGGUGGAUUAUUUGCAGUGUGUCACGAAAAUCUCCCCACAUCUGGAUCUCCUGCCUUGAGACACUGAUCGGUGGCGUUUCUGCGCCUGUCUACAGUAACCGAGGUCGUGUUGUAGCAGUUGGUUGGUAGAAACUGUUGGAUUACAGACAACUAUGGAUUUCACCAGCGGCGGCGGCGUUGAAGGCAGCGAGCCGCACAACAAUCAGUUCUACCAGUGCGAGGAGAACAAGCCUCUGCUGGCGGACAUGUCGGAGAGCAAUAACAACACGAAGCUGGGCGCGGGGCCGUGCAAGAGGUCCCUGCAUCACUGCAGCAGCAGCGGGAUGCGAUACAAGCUGCUCCAUGAGGGGGACAUCCAGGUGUGCGUGGUCAAACACCCCCGCACCUUCCUCAGCAAGAUCCUCACCUCCAAGUUCCUGCGGAGAUGGGAGCCGCAUCACCUCACGCUCGCGGACAGCAGCCUGACCUCGGCCACGAUUACGCACAGUCUGCUGUUGACGCAGUUGGAAGAAGGCAGCCUGUCACUGCUUUCCCUCCUGCUCCUAAUCUGGAACCCCUCCCCGCCACGCCUCCAUCACUUCCCCUCACCUUCCCGGCGACCCUGCCGGCUUCCCAG